AUGGCGAAAAAUGUUCAGUUGAAGUUGUUGCAGAAAAGAGAACGGCAAAUAGUGCUUCUUAUGGACAGUGUCGACCGAUUCAUACAGAAUUACGAACCAGAACGUGAUGAGUGUCAGAUUAGUUCUAGGCUUGAGGCCUUAGAACCUGUGUUUGAUGAGUUUCAUGAAGUGCGCAGUAAAAUCGAGCUGAUCUUUUAUGAAAGUGAAGAGAAGAAGGCCAAGGAGCUCUACGGUGACGCCAAAGAUGAAGCUGAAGCACAACGAGAGGAAGAAAACGACAGGCUGCUACUGAGUUUUGAAGACCGUUUCUUCCAGUUGAAGGGUGCACUGUCAAAACUUCAAAACAAACCCGAACGAGCUCCAAACGUAGACGAUUCUUCACAUAGCCAAGGCCAUGCCUCCAUGGGGUCGAAAGUUAAGCUGCCAGAAAUCCGAUUGCCUAGCUUCAGUGGAAAACUUCGCGAAUGGGUUUCAUUCCGCGACAGUUUUCAAAGUUUGAUCCACAACAACGGGCAACUCGCACCCAUGGAGAAGUUCUCCUAUCUCAGGUCAUCGUUAAGCGGCGAAGCACUUCAAGAAGUCCUCUCUAUCGAGCUGUCAGACGUUAACUACAGUGUCGCUUGGGAGAUUCUGACAGAACGGUACGAGAACAAGAAGCUGAUAGUGAAGGCGUACCUAGACGCACUGUUUUCUCUAGAGCCGAUCCGGAAAGAAAGUUUUGAGAGCAUCAACAAUCUCAUUAGUGAGUUCGAGAAGAACUUGUUGAUGCUGCAGAAGGUUGGCGAGGACACCGAUGGUUGGAGCACCAUACUAGCUCACAUGCUUUGCUCGCGACUGGACUCUGUCACUCUGAGGAAUUGGGAAACACAACACAAAAGCAAAGAAGUACCGAAAUACGAGGACAUGAGGAAGUUUUUGCGCAGCUACUUUUCCGUUCUGCAGUCAGUUGCUCCAGCCAGAACCCCGCUACAACGUCACCGAUCAUCAUCAGCCGAGAAGCCAAUCAGUGAGCUACACAACAGUUAA